AUGGCAUGGAUCCUGGUCACGCCCUCGUCGCGCGGCAUCGGCGCAGCCCUCACGCGGCAUCUUCUACGCACGACACCCGCCGGCGUGCCCGUCGUCGCCACCGCGCGCUCCGAUCCAGACGGCACCGCCGAGAGACUUCUCGCGUCUCUUGAUGUUUCCGACGCCCAGCGGAAGCGUCUGGAGGUGCGGACGUGCGACCUGCUGCAGGAGUCCUCGAUUGCGGACCUGGCGGGCUACUGCAAGGAGCGGUACGGCAACAAGCAGAAAGACAAGAACGCGCAUUUACGGCUGGGGCUGGCAAUUCCAGGCAUGCUGAUUCCGGAGAAGGCGCCGGAUAAGAUCGAGUUCGAGGGAGCCUUGGAGACGCUCAAGCUGAAUCUGCUGGCGCCUAUGAUGCUGGCAAAGCAUUUCACUGGGCUGUUGCCGCGGAAGGCGACCACGCUGGAAGCCAUCCAGGGACUACCAGGGCAAGCGGUGCUUGGGUUCAUGAGCGCACGGGUAGGGUCGAUCGGGGACAAUAGGAUGGGCGGCUGGUAUAGUUACCGCUCAAGCAAGGCUGGGGUCAACCAGCUAGCCCGGUCGGUGGACAUUUAUCUGCAAAUGCAAAGUGGAAAGAAUGCGAUGUGCGUCAGUUUGCAUCCAGGAACGGUGAAGACGAGCUUGAGUGAGGAGUUCUGGAAAAGCACGCCCAAGGAGAAACUGUUUAGCCCCGGGUUUAGUGCUGAGCAUCUAGUGGAGGUUGUGAAGGGACUCGGAGAUGGAGAUCGUGGCCAGUGUUGGGAUUGGCAGGGAAAGGCGAUACCGCCUUAG